AUGUCUCGAUCAAACCUCCCACUCAAUGGCCCCUUUCACCACGAGGAAAUUCCUCGUAGGGACAUUGCCUCCGUCAAGGUCAAGCUGGCCAGGGCGAGGUACCUCGUGACUGACAUGACGCAGAAUGCGCCGACCGGUAGUGAUGACGCUGCCGAGGCCGGAUAUCAUUCCGAGAACCGUAGCCGUAGUGAAACUAUGAUGCUGGCAAAGGAAUGUCAAGCCAUCGUUGAGGCUUCCCGGUCCUUGCAGGCCGAGACUGAUCAGAAUAUCACGGCCAUAAGAGACAUCCAAAGGGUCAGGGCAACGCAGGCUUCUUUGACAAACUCCCCUGGUCAUCUGCGUCGAGAAGCAGCAGCUCAGGUCCUCAAGCAUUUGACAGGCUCCAGAGACGGACUCCGCAGCCUGAUCCGGCAGGUUGCUUCAGAUGCAAGUCCUGAGGUCAGAGAUGCGGUCACUGAGGCUCUCGCUCGGGCCACAGACUCGCAGGCUGAGAGGUGGAUCACUGGAGCACAGCAAGCGCCAGAGGUCGCUACCCUCCAGCAGACAAUUAAGGACAAAGAUACCGAGUUGUCUCUUCUAAAGGGGGAGAUUGAGACGAAGAGGAAAGCCAACUUCGCAUUCCAGCGCGAUCGUCAUCAAGCUGAGACUAACCUCAUAAGUGAAAAGGCCAAGGUUGCUGCUUUCGAGAAGCAGCUCAAGCGCACUAAGGAACAAUUAGAUAGUGCCCAGGAGAGGAUCGGAGCCUUGGAAGAGGAGCUCCGCCUUGCCAAGUUGAGCGGGGAUUGGUACCAGAGCCAGGCAGAACUUCUUCAUGAGGCUCACAGGGAUGCCGAGGAUGAGAAGGAGACCCUGGCAUUUCACCUGUCUCAACAUAACCAGAGUGUAGCCAAUCUGAGGCAGCAGCUCGCUUCCGAUGCCCAGCAUGCUCAGGCGGAGCAGGCUUUAAUGGAGACAGAGUUAGAGAACUCCAUUUCCAAGCUAGAAGCUGCUAAGACGGAAACCAAAGACGUCACUCAAAGGCUGGACCGAGCCGAAAGGCGCCUUGCAUAUGUUGAGGUUGAGCUGACUACGGCGCAAAAAGACCUUGCGUCCUCUAGGCAAGAGAUUGACGACGCUGCAAUAGCUCGUACUGGACUUGAGAAGAAGAUCUCCAAACAAAGGGCAUCGCUGGUAAGUCAGGCCACGGAGAUCGGACAGCUAAAUAGCCUCAUCACAGCUAGAGGCGAGACUAUUGAUAGCCAAAUCGAUCAGGCCUCCGUCUUUCUCCGUCGCAUGUCUCUGGAUAUGGAGUCAGACAUUUGGCGCCGCGUAGCUGAGGGGGUACUUACCGACUCUACUGUGGCUCCGGCAGCCCCUAUCCCAUGGCAGCCAUGGAGAGUUCUUCCAUCGUGGUCGCAUGAUGAGGCCCUGGACGUCCAAGAGGAUGACAGGAGUAUCCACUCUCUGGCGGUGGAUAUCGCUGCCAUCAUGAAGGUCCCAUCUGCACCAGCAGAGCCCCUAUUGAGCCGUCUUCAAUCUCUGCAGGAUUUGAUGGUAGAUAAGUCUCCGCUGGUGCCGACUGUUUCCCAGAUACUUCUGGAGUCGCUGGCUGGAGCAGUGGGAGACGAGCGCCUUCAUCUGAUGCACCAUGUGCUUGUUUGCCAGAUCGCCAUUCUCUUGUGUGGGAACGGCGUUGAGCUAAAUGAGGUCAUUCUGGAUCCACGAGCCACCGCUUUGGUGAGUGCCUUGGGGGCAUGGGAUCCAGAAUCAGGUCCCGUCCUCAAUUUGGCCUGUUCUCUUUCUUACCCAGAAGUCGCUCUGGUGGGGUUCAACCACAGCCCUCGAGGCAUUAUCGCUGCCAGCCCUCUGAACCGGGAGCUUCUGUGGGUUGAUGAGGCUCAAAUUGAUAACACGCUUACGCAUAUAGAACUUUCUUCAGAGAAAGUUGGCACUAUAGCACUACCUCUCGAUACAAGGGAGAGACAGUUGUGGGCCGUUGCUCAUUUGUAG